AUGGCGUCCACAAUGAUCCACACCGGGGAACAGCCCUACAAGUGUGGGGAAUGUGGGACGGGAUUCAGGAAGAGCUCCAACCUCACCCGCCACCAGAUGAUCCACACUGGGGUACGAUCCUAUGUGUGUGGGGAAUGUGGGAAGAGCUUCCGUGACAGCUCUGGCCUGAUCAUGCACCAGGCAAUGCACACCGGGGAAUGCCCCUACAAGUGCUCAGAAUGUGGGAAGAGCUUCAGCCAGAGCUGUAACCUGAUUGUCCACCAAAGGAUCCACACUGGGGAGAAGCCCUAUGAGUGUCCUGAGUGUGGGAAGAGGUUUCAGAGCAGAUCCCAUCUGCUCAGGCAUCAGCAGAUUCACACACAAGAGAGGCCCUUCCACUGCCCCGACUGUGGGAAGGGCUUUAAGAAAAACUCCACCCUCAUCACCCACCAGCAGAUCCACACCAGGGAGAGGCCCUAAUAGUGUCCCCAGUGUGGGAAGAGCUUCUCCCAGAACUCUGCCGUGAUCUGACACCAAUGGGGGCACCGGUAGGGGAAGCCCUGUGAGUGCCCCGCAUGCGGGAAGAGCUUUGAG